AUGUUCGUGUCUAAUAAUGCCUGCUUGGUUCCUACUUCUUUCUGGCUCACUGGCAUCCCAGGGCUGGAGUCCCUGCACAUCUGGCUCUCCAUCCCCUUCAGCUCUAUGUACCUGGUGGCUGUGGUGGGGAACAUGACCAUCCUGGUCGUGAUAAAGUUGGAGCGCAGCCUGCACCAGCCCAUGUACUUCUUCCUGUGCAUGUUGGCUGUCAUUGACUUGGUCCUAUCAACCUCUACCAUGCCCAAACUGCUAGCCAUCUUCUGGUUUGGUGCCCGUCACAUUGACCUGGAUGCCUGCUUGGCCCAGAUGUUCUUUAUCCACUGCUUUGCCACUGUGGAGUCGGGCAUCUUCCUUGCCAUGGCUUUUGAUCGCUACGUGGCCAUCUGUGACCCACUACGCCACAUCUCAGUGCUCACCCGUGCAGUGGUGAGACGUUUGGGCCUGGCUGCCCUCCUCCGUGGAGUCCUCUACAUUGGACCUCUGCCCCUCAUGAUCCGCCUGAGGCUGCCCCUUUACCAGACCCGCAUCAUCGCCCACUCCUACUGUGAGCACAUGGCCCUGGUCACCUUGGCAUGUGGUGACACGACAGUCAACAACUUGUAUGGAAUGGGAAUUGGCUUCCUGGUAUUGAUUCUGGAUUCAUUAGCCAUCACUGCCUCCUAUGUGAUGAUUUUUAGGGCUAUAACAGGGUUGGCCACCCCUGAGGCCAGGCUGAAAACCCUAGGAACAUGUAGUUCUCACAUCUGCGCUAUCCUUGUCUUCUAUAUCCCCAUUGCUGUUUCCUCUCUCACUCACCGUUUUGGCCAUCAUGUCCCUCCCCAUAUCCAUAUCCUUUUGGCCAACUUUUACCUCCUCGUCCCACCCAUCCUUAACCCAGUUGUCUAUGCUGUUCGCACUAAACAAAUUCGAGAGCGACUUCUCCACAUUCUUAAGGCAGGGGCUCAACCCAAGUGA